GCCAUUGGGUUACUUUGGAAUCAGAAGAUAAGGAGCUCCACACUACGCUGAAGCCCCAAAGUGCCAACCUUCUCAACAGCAGAAGUCGGAGGAAGAAAUGAUGGACCUUCUGCCAUUCUCCAUGGAGACGUGGGCUCUUCUCGCCCUCUUCAUAGGCCUACUGAUGCUAUAUGGCAUUUGGCCCUAUGGCGUCUUCAAGAAACUGGGCAUCCCAGGACCACAGCCAAUCCCUUUCUUGGGCACAGCCCUCGCCUAUCGCAAAGGAGUAACGGAGUUUGACAAAAAAUGCUUUGAAAAAUAUGGGAGAAUGUGGGGGUUUUAUGACGGCCGGUGGCCUGUGUUGGCUGUUACUGAUCCAGCCAUAAUCAAAGUUGUCCUGGUGAAAGAGUGCUACUCCGUCUUCACCAAUCGCCGGAUGUUUGGUCCAACAGGAAAGUUGAAAUCAGCUAUUUCAGUAGCUGUAGAUGACCAGUGGAAGAGGAUUCGCACUGUGCUCUCGCCCACUUUCACCAGUGGGAAGCUUAAGGAGAUGUUUCCUAUCAUCAAGCACCACGUGGACAGCCUAGUGAAAAAUAUUCAAGGCAAAGCAGAGAGGGCGGAGCCUGUGGACAUCAAAGAGAAAUUUGGGGCGUACAGCAUGGAUGUGGUGACCAGCACUUCCUUUGGGGUGAACACAGAUUCCAUGAACAACCCCAAUGACCCUUUUGUCAGGGAGGCGAGCAAGCUGGUGAAGUUUGACCUGUUUUCCCCAAUCUUCGUUUUAUUAUAUCUCUUUCCAUUCACAAGUCCCCUUCUGGACAAGAUGAACAUACAUAUCUUCCCCAGCAGUGCUGUGAACUACUUUGCCAGGGCAAUCGGGAAUAUCAAGCGGGAACGGGAGCAAGCGAAAGGGAAGGGCAGAGUGGAUUUCCUACAGCUGAUGAUCGACUCCCAGAAGUCAGAUGUGCAAUACGAGAGCAAUGGUGUGAGCCACUCCUAUAAAGCGUUGACCGAGGAAGAGAUGUUGGCACAAGCCAUUAUAUUCAUAUUUGCGGGAUAUGAAGCCACCAGCAAUAUCCUUGGCUACAUGACGUACGAAUUAGCGACCCACCCAGACGUCCAGCGAAAAUUGCAGGCUGAGAUUGACGCUGUCCUGCCUAAUAAGGCUCCCAUCACCUAUGAUGCCGUCAUGCAAAUGGAAUACCUUGACAUGGCAACCAAUGAAAUCCUCCGGAUGUACCCGAUUGGUGGGCGAAUUGAAAGAUUGUGCAAGAAAGACGUGGAGUUGAAUGGAAUCACCAUUCCAAAAGGGAUGACGGUUAUGAUUCCACCAACCGUCUUGCACUACGACCCAGAAUACUGGUCGGAACCCGAAGAAUUUAGACCGGAAAGAUUCAGCAAAGAGAAUAAGGAGAGCAUCAACCCUUACGUUUACCUGCCAUUCGGAGCUGGUCCCAGGAACUGCCUUGGGAUGAGGUUUGCUCUCCUUACCCUGAAGGCUGCUGUUGCUAGCCUGAUGCAGAACUUCACCUUCAAGCCCUGCAAGGAGACAAAGAUCCCAAUGGAAUUGACCUCAGUAGGACUGACAAAGCCCAAAUACCCCAUCAUCUUGCAAGCCGUCUCCAGAGCCAGCUCUGCACAGUAGUGGUGUUUUUCCAGCAGAAUCUCAUUACUUCAGCAAUGCUGAGAGAUCUGUGGCUAGCGUAUCGAUCCUUUGGACCAUUCUUCUGGUGAAAUGUGUUUUGGCCUUUAUUUGCACAAACUCUUCCAUUCCUUGCCAUGUGAUGACUUGGACAUCUCAAAUUUUCAUACUUCACAAUUUUCCAUUGUGCAUCCAUGAGCACGUGGCUGAGGUUGCAUCAAUGGAAGCCUUGCAACUUAGCAGUGACAAAGUGACAAAGGUUUUCACCUCUGAAAGCAGCAGUUUCCUGAAUAAGUUCUGCUGGCCCUCGCACGUCUAGCUGCCUAUGGCCAUGUGGCCAGUUCAGAAAGUGUGGCUGUGAUUGCUGGUGUGACUGGUCCAGGGAGCAAAUUCAUUCACUCUUAAUCAGCUGUGUUUGCUUCAGUUAUACCAGGAUGCAGGGAAAUCAAAUAUGUUACGUGGGUCCUUGACUUCCUGGGAUUGCUUUAUGAAGGAAAAAGUCCUAAAUAAGAACCAAAAAAUGUGGUACAGUAUUGAAGAAGCAGCUGUGGAAAAGGCAGUAACAAGAUGCAAAAAUACUCCUAGGGAUCAGGGCCUGCUGUUAUUUUGAGUGAUUUCCACCAAAACUGGAAUCAAUAAACAUUCAGUGUGUGUGUGUGUUUUCAGAAAUAACAAUGUAACAAAAAUAAACAAUAUAACAAAAAUAAAGAGUAAAGCAACAACACCAGCUAUGUGGAGCAUUUACUAUAGGUGUCAUAAAAUGGGCAGACAUAGAAUCAUGGAAUCCUAGAGUUGGAAGGAACCCUAAGGGUCAUCUAGUUCAACCUCCUGCAACGCAGGAAUCUCAACUAAAGCAUCCAAGACAGAUGGCCAUCCAACCUCUGCUUAAAAACCUCCAAGGAAGGAGAGUUUGCUACCUUCCGAAGGAGACCAUUCCAGCUCUCACUGUCAGAAAGUUCUUCCUUUAGUUGGCAUUUCCUUUCUUGUAACUUGAACUUUCUUGUAACUUCUUGGGCUUGCUGAUCUGAAGGUUGGCGGUUAGAAUCCCCAUGACAGGGUGAGCUCCCUUUGCUCUGUCACAGCUCCUGCCAACCUAGCAGAUCAAAAGCACACCAGUGCAAGUCGAUAAAUAGGUACUCCUGCAGUGGGAAGGCAAACGGCAUUUCCAUGCGCUCUGGCUCUCGUCACGGUCCUCUGUGCGCCAGUAGCGGUUAAGUCAUGCUGGCCACAUGACCUGGAAAACUGUCUCUGGACAAACACCGGCUCCCUCGGCCUGAAAGUGAAAUGAGCGCCGCAACCCCAUAGUUGCCUUUGACUGGACUUAACUGUUCAGGGGUCCUUUACCUUUACCUACGCAGUGUGAUUUCUUCUCUAAAGCAUGCAAACAUAAACCCUCGAGCAUCAAAAUGGCCUCACAUCGUAGCUCCUCUUAGAGCCCUCCUAUAAAGGGUUAACUGCUCAGACAAGGCAACAGUCCCACCCCCUCUCAAACUAUCCUUCCAUCAAUCAUGCACAGCUAUAUUUCAUAUCACUAGUCAUGCAUGCACACACAGAGUGAGAAUUUGUGAGUGAUUUGGUUCUGAAUGUGUGCAUUGGCAGAGAGAAGUGGGGCUGCAGAAUACAAUUUGUGAAACGCUCGUCCUCACCCUGCUGCUGUUCUUAUUUCAUGACUAACAUUACUUACAUAUGAGUUUGGGGUGCAAUUCCAUUACAGGCACCCCAAUACAAAUACUCUCCAUCAGCUUAUUUAUUGUCGCAUAAGAAAGGGAGCCCCAAGCCAUGCCAAAAAGUGGCCUAGGGGCCUGAGGGAGCUCAGUCAGUAGAAUAUGAGAUUCUAAAUCCCAGGGUUGUGGGUUCGAGUCCCAAGUUGGGUGAAAGAUUCCUGCAUUGCAGAGGGUUGGACUAGAUGACCCUCAUGGUCCCUUCCAACUCUACAAUUCUAUGAUUCUAAGUUUUUGUGUGUGUGUGAAAGAGAGCGAGAGAGCGAGAGAGAGAGAGAGCUUGCUGGCACACACACACACACACACACACACACACACACACACACACACACACAAAA